CCUGUGUACAUUAGCCGGCUAGUUUCUAGCUCAGACCACAGUACUCGAAGUUUAAACGCGUGUAGGACAUCGCUGCUACUAGGAGGAAGAAGUUAGUUAGCUAACGAGCUAACAUGAGAGAAGUUGGUGACAGCAGCGACUUUGUCUAUCUGACAUCUACUAGUUGACUCACCGGUCCAUGAUGGAGGAGAACUCGUCUUGUUCUUCGCUGGUUCCUGCUCUUUCUCCGGUGUCUUUCCUCCAGAGGACGUUGGAGCGGUUGUCCUCCUCACAGUGUGUGAGAGUAGACUCAGAGGUGUGUGCUCCUGUGGCCGUCAUCGCUCUUCAGCGGUACUUAUGUGAGCAGACUGAGGGCCAGCAGCAGCAGCAGCUGGACAGCUACAGCUACGACGUGACGGUCACUGACGGAGUGUGGCGGGCCAAGUGCUUCCUUCACCCUACUUUAAACCACUUGGUGCACACUAACACCCUGAGGACUGGGGCUGACGUCCACAUCACGCAGUGUUCUUAUGUCUACAGCGAGAGGAGACUGGGACACGGGUAUAUCUGCAUUGAGCAGCUCAGAUGUGCUGCAGAGAGGUCUGCUCUCCUGGCACGAGUAAAGGAUGUCAGCUCACUGCCCAUGUUGGUCAAGCACGGCAUGGAGAGGAGUGUGUUGCUGCAGAGUGAUGUCCCCCUUCAGGUGAGCCGCAAACAUUACCUGUGUCUGUGGAACAACGACGACCCAGAGGGAGACAUCUGGACCUCAGGGUGUCCCUCCUCUGACACAGUGCUGGACGUAUCCAAGAUUACUCUUCUUUGUAGUCUGGAGUCGUGCUUUAGACAGACGUGGAAACCUCUCCCUCUCCUAGUGAAGAUUAUACACAAAUCCAGAUUACGCUAUUAUGGGAAGUUUGGGCUCAAGAUUGAUUAUUCCUACCAGGCAUACUUUGAAGUCGCUGACCAGAGUGGGACGAUGUCUCUUGUGCUUUGGAAUGAACUUUGUCCAGAGUUUUACCAGAGACUGAACGUAGGCACUGUGUUGUACAUCCAGCAUUACACCUUGAAGCAGAGCUAUUCAAACCGGUCACACCCGCAAAUGGACCAUCACAGACUGAAGACCUUUAACUCUUUAGAAAUCUGCCUGAACCCUCGCAACCCUGCGUCAGUCAUCACUGUGGUCUCAUCAAAGAGUGUUCUGCCUCAGUGGGGACUGCCUGAGGUUUCCUACCAGUUCACCACCAGGUCAGAGCUGGAAAAAUUAAUCAACAAUUCCUCAUGUGAUGUCAUCGGUUUGGUGACAUUUGUUGGUCGUGUUGAAAGGGUCAAGAGUAAAGGGAACAAGGGUCCGGAAAAAUACUGGACGUAUCGCUGGAUCCACGCGGUGGAUGGAACAUCCAACCGUCCUUUUAUCCUGGAGGUUUUUUCCUCUUCCCAACCAGAAGUCUUCAGUCGGAUAUGCCCAAUGACCUACCUGGUGUGCACUCAGAUGCGAGUUUGUCAAGUGGAAGGCUCGUUGCCCUAUCUCACCAGCAGCUUCGAGACAGAGACGUUCAUCACAGGCUACCACAAAGGUCAGCCAUAUGUGAGUGAACCCAGAGUGAAGAGCUUCAUCCAGUGGACCAAAACUCUGAAGGACAACAUCGUCCUCCAGAAGACUGCUGUCGGUGGUCAUUAUUGCUACCCUCGUCCCCCGCAGAAAUAUACACAGUCAAUGGCAGAUGCCUCAGCUCAGGCUCCUCUAAUUGCUGCGGCUGACUUGAAGAAGGAGUUAGAGACCCUGCAGUACAGGGAACAUAAAAAAGUUGCAAUUCAAGGACAGAUCACGGCAGUGGGCUACGUUAAAAACCCAAACGCCACACAGUCUCAAGGAACAGAAGAGACAGAGGCGCCAGAUGUUUCUACUGAUGCGUGUGAACAAGCCGUACCAGACGCACACGAUCAUCCGUCAACAGCUGAGCAGGCCAGUUUAACAUCUGCCUCUGCUGAGAAAAUCUCAGCAAGAGGAAGGAAAAGAAGAAUUCAAACAAGAAAAGCCACACAGCCCUCUUUGAAUCGUGGUGGCGCGUCAGCAAAAAGGAGACGUAAAGAUACAGAGGAAGGACGAGAGCAGGAAGAAGAAGAGAGUGACUCUGGAGCUGAGGAGGCUCAGGAAGUGGAAUGUAGCCAACAACUGCAAAAUCAAGACUCUGAUGCAAUAUCUUGGGAAAGCAGCAGUUGGCCGAAGCAACGACAAGAAGUGUCUGAACAUCUGCGUCAAGGCGGUCUGCACGGGGACAGCGUGUCUCAGAGGUUCACGUUUGACGAAAAGAACGUCCUCCUGCAGCGAAGUAACCUUCAGCCGACGCGGUGGACACCAGACCACAGCUCUGACGCCAUCCCACCUGUGGUUUGUCCAGGAUACUACCAAGUAACAAUAUUAGGCAUAAACAAGCAGAUAGCCGUCGAUGCUGCAUAUGUUCCUGUCAUGAGCUCAGACGAGCCCAGGGCUGUCGGUCUUCCUCAGGAUCCCCAUGGCAACACGAUGCUGUCCUGCCUUUCGUCAGGCUUCCUCUGUCCGCUCAGUGACGCCGACAGCCACAGCGAAUCAACGUUUCCUGAGCCAGAGGAGGUGUUGGCGACCGCCAGCGAGCUGGAGGACACACAUGUCGUGUGCAUCUUGGACCUUUGCCAUCUGGGCGGAGACGAGGUGGAGGUCCUGAUCAACAAGGUGUACAGAGUGACAGAGGUUUCUCUCGACUAGGAGGUACAGAGGAGCAAGUGAUCAGCUCUGUGAGGAUAUCUUCUAAUUAUUAUCAGCAUAUAUUAAUCAUGUUAUUUUGGAUAGAAAGGGCAAAGGUUUUAGAUUUGAUACUUGUAAAUUCCCUGAUUACCUGUAACACAUGUACAGUAAAUGUCACAUAAAUCUUUAUAUAAUGCUUUUGAAUACUGAAUUAAAAUACUGAAAUACAUAAAA